AAAAAUGCGUUUUUUGUCGUAGUCGUAUUUGUGUUAUUCCACUGCAUGUGCUUCAGUCAAAAUAACACGGUGACAUUGUAAAUGGUCUCGACUCUCCUAAUUGUCCUCUAAACUAUCUUUGAUGUAACAAGCUUGUGUGCGCAAAUUUAGAUUUCAGGAAAAGCACAGAGAAGCUUUCCUCCUCCAGCAGAGGAAUUGGGCAGCUAGUGUCUAGAGACAACCUCUGCACACGCAUCAAUCUGUGUAGCGAAAGUCAAACAUUCAAGGGAAGGGAAGACAUCUUUGACUGGAGGGGGUCUUCAAACAUUCCCCUACUGACGUUUUGCAUCUUGAUGCCGUCUGGAGCAGAGGCCGGUCGUUUUGGGUCCCGACAGCCUCGUCCCUGAUCCUCUGUUCGGUAUUCAGGAGCAGAGUCCAGCCCCGCUCCCCCCUCCCACCACCCUGCCCCGCCUGUUUACCCAUCAGCCUCCCAUUGCGAGCGUGCGUGCGUGUGUGUAUGUAUAUCACAAUUAUCGUGCCCUCCAACCCCCCACAUCCUCGUCCCUCACACACACACACACAGUCCCCCCCCCCGUCCCCCCAAUGCCCAGCAUGCUCCCAAUCCUGACAUGGCACGAUUUCUUAUCUCCACCCUUCUCGCCUCCCGGGUCUGAAGGAAGAGGAUAGCUAACUCUGCUCCUCCCUCUCUCCUCUCUUCGACCUGCGCUCCCUUUGCUCCGCCGUGAGCGAGGUUUCGCGGCCCCUGCGUGGCUGUCGCUGCACCACCCUGCAGUUUCGCCUGCUGCUGACCCCCGUCAUGCUGGAGGGGCCCGGCCCCGGAGCAGUGCUGGCAGGAGGCCUCUUCGCCGUGUCCAGGCUGAGCUGGCAGUGGUCCAUGGUGGCAGAGGUCUUCGCCCUCAACAACCUUUUUGUUGGUCUGCUCUUCUUCUUGACUGCCGGCUUCCACUGUGCCGAGAACGCCGCCCAGAGGCAGAAGAUUGCACACGUGGGAGCGCUUUGCUGUGGCCUGGGGCUCUGUAACCAGCACACCCUGGUGCUGUAUGUGCUGCUCAUCGUUCCCUGGGUCCUUCACCGACUUUACUCUCUCGGGGAGCUGAGUUUGCGCGGCCUUGUGUCUCUGGGAGUUUGUUUCUUUUCUGGCUUUCUGCCGUACGUCUACUUGCCUGUGUCCUCCUUCCUCAACACGGCCCGUUGGAGCUGGGGGGAUCAGACCACGCUGUCAGGCCUGCUAACCCACCUGCUGCGGGCCGAAUAUGGCACCUUCAGUCUGGCAAAGACGGAGAGCCCCGUAAACCUGACCUCAAUGCUAAAGGCCCAGUUAAACCACUGCCUGCAAGACCUUUCCCUCCCGGCUCUGGUGCUGGCGGGAAUGGGCCUCCUCCUCUCCUCGUGGGACAGGACGUGCCGCUCGGUGUCCGGUCUGUUCGCCGCCAUGCUGCUGGUCUACUCGCUGUUCUUUGCUUGGAGAGCCAACCUGGACAUCAGCAGACCCCUGCUGCUUGGAGUGGUCGAGCGCUUCUGGCUGCAGAGCGAUGCUGCAGUGUGCGUGCUGGCAGGCCUCGGCUUGAGCCGGACACACACUGUGCUGCAGAGGAGGUUGGGCCGUGGGGGUUUGUGGAAGACCUCAGGCUGGGUCCUCACCGUGGCUCUGCUGGCACAUAUGGUGCACACCAAUCACAGGGAGUGCGAUCAGAGCGCAAACAGUGUGGUCGAGAGGUUCGGCAGGGAGAUUCUGGCCUCCGUCCCAACGGACUCCAUCAUCCUGACCAGAGGAGACCUGCCUGGAAACUCCAUGCGCUACUUGUACUACUGCCAGGGCGUCCGGCCCGACGUACGUCUGGUCGACCAGGAGAUGAUGACUUAUGCCUGGUAUGUGGCCAAGCAUGCUCUGCACCACCCUGGGGUGCACUUUCCUGGCGGCUGGUGGGACCCAGUCCACCCUGAGGGGAGCGACACCUUCAGUCUGGAGCAGUUUCUGUCCCACAACACGCAGAGGCACGUGUUCGCCUGCAUUGGGCUCUCCGAAGGAGACUCCAGUUGGGAACGCGGGUUCUACCUCUGGCCCAUGGGUGUCUGCGACUACUUGGUGCCGGCUCAGAGGCAGUUCCACCCUGAAAAGUGGGCGCAUCGAACUCGCGGCAUGUACAACUGGAGUGAGCCACACAACAGUUUCCAUCCUGCGUCCUGGGAGCGCGUCGCUAAUGAGGAGAUGUGGCAAGCCAGGAUGAAGACGGCUUUCUUUCUGUUUGACCUGGCAGAAAGGGUGCAGGGAGAGGGGAGAGCUCGCCUGCUGGAGCUGUCUUACACGCUGUACAAGGAGAUCGUGGAGGCCCACUCGGACUACCCUCCAAACUGGGACAAGAACUUGGCACUGGCCUGCGAGAGGCUGCUACGAUCGGGUCACCGGGGCCACGGCCCCGACGGCCUGCUGGCCUGCAGCGCCCGGCACUUCAGUCUCUACUUGCAGAAGGAACCCACGGAUCCCCAGGCGGCCGCCAUACGCGGCGCCAUCGCCGACCUGCAGAAAGAGCGGGACGAGCUCCGCCGGAGCUCGAGGCGAACCCCGUAACGAGACCCCGAGAGAACCACGAGGAGCCCGGCCGAUGUGCCUAUCUGGGAUGAUUUUGAGGUUUUGGCCUAACGGACCUGAGAUGAGUCUGGAUUAAGGAAGAGUGGGGAUGCAGACGUACUGGGACUUAGUUAUAAAGCAGAACUCUGCACACGGGACAGAGAGCGGCCACCCGGCAAUGCUUCAUUUGAUGAACCUUUACCGUUGACCAGGGUCACCGUUCGAUUGACCAAUUGACCCCAAUCAAAGCGAUCACGCGCCCCUUGAAAUCACCCGUUUGAUUGCUUUAUAGUUGCAUCUCAUUCCUUUUUCCUCUUCUCUCCUCUUCUGCUCUCACAGGCUUUUAACGUGCCGCCACUGCUCCACUUCUCCUUUUCUCCCAUUAGGAUGGCAAGGCUGAGAUUGAGGGAAAACCAAUUUGGGGGCAGAAUUGGGGGAUUAGAGCGACUAUUUAAUCUAGGACAGACUUGUGCUGUACCACACAGUCCUCACUCCACAUAACCAGCACCACCCACCCACCCACCCACCCACCCCUCUAUCCUCACAUCAGUCCGCUGUAUCGAGAUGGUUCUUUAAAUGUUAAAAACACUAAUGGAUUCAAUCGAUUUUUUUUCUUCUCUCUUUGCUUCCUAACCGGAGGGCUGUAAUCCCUCAGGGAUUUAUAUGAAAUGUGAAAUGUCACAAUUGCCAGGGACCCUUUUAGAGGUGUGUAUGUGUGAGUGUGUGUGUGUGUGUGUGUGUGUGUGUGUGAAUGCCUAAAUCUCCACCCUCUGUUCUCUGUUGGAGCUGCAUAUACACGUAGUCAAUAAACCGAUUGGCACACUGGAAAGCAAAUGACUUUGAUCAUCGUACAAGCACAGAAUGAUGCAAACUCUGGGGACCCACGGAGACCAUGACCCCGUCCCCCCUCCUCAACUCACAGGACCUUCAUCCCAGUGAAGGUUGUUGGAGAGACAACGCAGCAGGCAAACGCAUCGAGUGGACCGGAGUCACUGUCUUUUGUUUUCAGCGUCAGUUGAAGGGAAACCGGUCGAUUGUCACAAGGUUCAUGAGGAGCAUCAGAACCGACCUGCUGCAACACAGGUGGGCUUGUUCCCCAUAGAAAGAAGGAAACCUGUCACCCUGUUUUUCUACAGAUUCAAAUAUUUCAAUAAAGAUUGUCUUUUUCUGUGA